GGGAGGCGUGUCUUCUAUAGGAAAGGGAGGGGUGUGAUACCGGUGUCACGGUCUGUCAUUCAGCUGCUCUUACCCUGGUCAGAGCCACCCCUCCCGCCAUGCUCACACAUCUUCUGCAGUGUGGUCUCCGCCGCUGCCCGCCUAGAGCACGGUUUGGAGGCCUUGAUAUCCGCCUGUCCACUCUCUCUCGGCCCCCAACUUCCUCCUCAUUGCGUUUGUACGUACGACUGCGAGAUGCCUUGCUCCGUCCAUCACGUUUCUCUAACAGACCCUUUUCCAAGGGCAGGAUACUGGCCCUGCUGGUUGGUCCUGCCUCUGCGUGUGCGGGAGGGAGGGUCGUGCUGUGCCAACUGGAACAUAGUAACCACCCCAUGAUCACAGCUGAGAAGGCCAUACCAGAGCCAGAAUUCAACUGGAGCGAGUUCUGGAAGCUCCUGCGGCCCCAGUUGUUGGCCCUGAUGACUGCUGUGAUUCUCUCGUUUGGUGCCGCGGUACUGAACAUACAGAUUCCACUGAUCCUGGGCGAGUUGGUAAACGUGGUGUCCCGCUUUACCAGAGAGCAUGCUGGGAACUAUCUGCGUGAAGUGCAGGGCCCUGCUAUGCGGCUGCUUUGUCUGUACGGAGUACAGGUAGGUGCUGUGGGUUACAGCGGAAGAGAAUAG